GGAGUGCUGGGCUGCAUGAUAAGGCCCUUUAUUGCCAGUCUGAAAUUGGAAGGGGAUGUGGAAUUGUCAGGAUGGAAGGAACUAGUCAGGUUCCUAACUCCCCUUGGCUCCACCUUCGCCUUCACCACGAGCAAGGUCUUCACCAAGGUGACAGCACUGGAGAUUCGCGUGCAUGGCCCAGAUUCCACCCAUUACACAUCACUGACAACCAUGGCGGUCUGGGAGAAGCAGGCAGGAAUGCAGGAACUGCCAGAUAGGGUCCCCAGAGACUCGCUGGCCGGGUCUUUGGGCUCACGAAUGUUAUUGCUCUUGCCGCACCGCGCGCUGCGCUGGUCCCAGAUCUGCCUCCACCGGGUGGCGACAAGGAAGCUGAGAGGCCCGGACGCCGGCACGCAAUGCAGCGAAGCCUAUGCACAUUUCCUGACCCCAUAUCACCCCUGGCUCAUCCGUCACGCCACCCGCCUCGCUCUCCUCGCCUUCCCAACUCGCGGCCGCUUGCUGGAGCUGGCGUGCCCAGGAAAGAGAGCGGACGCGCGGGAUACAACGGACGGGGCCGCUGGCACCCUGGAGAAUGUCUACAACCGCACCCAGGGACUGGUAGCCGGACACGGACUCCUCCCGUUGGCUUGAAGUCUGCAGUGGCGAGAGACUAGCCCAGAAGGGAGAACCCUGGGAAGGGAUCAGCGCAGCCCAGGAUCACGACCCCAAUACUGGCGGGAGACACCUGAGCUGGCAGCUUGGCUGCCCCACUCCCACAGUGACGUCAUCUGAGCCAAGUCCCGCCCCCAGCGGGGAUGAUUUUGAGCUUCUCGCUCUUUCUGUAGUCUCAGGAAAAUGGGAGGAACCGUGAGGAAUGAAGUAUUCUUUGGCAGCAGUCGACAUCGGGCAUUUUGUGUAAUGAUGGCAGGCACUUAAGGGAAACAGAGUGUGGGAAGAUGUGUCAUUCCUGUUCCCGGCAGCCGAAAGGAUCAAGCUUCUCCUGACCUAUUUCAACCACUCCUGUGGCUUCAGUUGCCAACUCCAUGCCACGUCUCCAGCCCAGACCUGUCUUCUGGGUUCUACUGACAUACAGCAACUCUUUCCUGAUGACAUCUGCAAACAACAUCUGCAAAACGGAUCCCAUCACCUUCCCCCUGAAAGUGUAUCUUGUCCAUUGUUCUGUCUCCUUGAAUGAACAGCACACUCUCCCUUCCACGACCUAACUUUGUAUCUAUCCUAUGUUUACCAAAUGAUUCUUUGGCCACUCCCAAAACAGUACUGAACAUGAAAAAGCCUGCCCUUUUCGUUCGCAAAUUCCCAAAUUAUACCUCCCAUACACUUUCUUCUGGACUCCAGAAUCCUAUGUCUACAACUGUGAAUUCUGCAUUUUUGCUUAGAUGUCAACUAGGCAUAGCAAACCUGACAUAUUCAAACUAGUCAUUGCUAGCUCAGUAAAUACCUCCAUUCUUCAGGACCUUAGACCAUAAACCUUGUAAUAUGACUCUUCUGUUUCCCAUUCAUCACAUCAACAUCCAAUAUAAAUGAACAAGCUACUCCUAAAAUUCAUAUGCAAAUGCAAGGGAUCCAGAAUAGCCAAAACAAUCUUGAAAAGGAAAACACAGUUGAAGGAUUCACACUUCCAAUUUCAGAAAUUACUACAUUCAGAAACUAUAUAGUGAUGAUGGUUAUACAACAUUUUGAAUGUACCAAAUGACACUGAACUUCACGCUUUAAAAUUU